GCGCAUUAUUAUAUAAUUGCGUAUUGUAUGGUUGAAAACAUUUUAAGUUCGUUUUUGUUAAUUUUUUAAAUAUGUGUGAUGUAAUAGACAGUUAUAAGCCUUUUAAGGCUGAAAUCACGUAUGAUGAUGACCUCAAGAUCUGGAGUGGCGGCGAAAGGCAGAGUUUAUUCUCGCCAGACUUGUCCAUCGGAGAGAUUAUCUUUCAGGAAAUGGAACGCCACCCAAAACACAUAGCCCAGAUUUCUGUUACGGAGAAUAUUGAGUUGAAACGAGAAGAGCUUCUUAUGAACGCGAAGCGAGUGGCAAGUUACAUGAGGCAAAUUGGAUUGACGCAGGAUGAUAUCGUGGGCAUCAUGGGCAGGUACACCGCGCACUUGACAGCUGUGGCAUAUGCCUGUUUCUUCAAUGGAACACCUUUUCACGCCCUUCACAAUGCCUUCGAAGAGUCAACAAUCGAGCAUCUUUUCGGAAUCACCAAACCACGACUGAUCUUUUGCGAUGGAGAUGAGCAUGAAAAGGUUAAAGUAGCUACAAGAAACCUUCAGGUAAAGAUAGUUACCAUGCGGAAUCAUCCAAAGGGAUCUCUGAGGAUCCAGGAUAUUAUGACCACUCCCGUGGUAGAGAACUUUAAGCCAAUCCGUUUAAAAAGUGGUAAUGAUCAAACCUUGGCCAUACUUAGUUCUUCGGGCACCACUGGGUGUUCCAAAGCCGUCACCAUCAGCAAUAGUCAUCAGAUUAUUUUGAACACUUUUCCCAUGAAAAACUCAAUAGUUCAAUAUACCACAAGCACUCUGGAUUGGCUCUCUGGUCUAAUGGUAACCAUUGUCACAGGAGUAUAUAGUAUAACUAGCAUUAUUGCAGACAGUGACUUCGAUCCUGGACUUUUGUGCAAGAUAAUUAAGGAGUAUAAGAUUUCGAUGUUGGUUUUAAAUACUUCCAACAUGGCCAAGUUUGCUAAUUGUCGAGAAUUCGAAGCCGCUGACCUAACUUCACUAAAGUACCUCUUUUAUGGAGGAUCAAACUGUUCUCUAGGAGUUCAGCAAAGAGUCCGUAGUCGUUCAAACUGCAAUUGUUUACAUUUUUGUUAUUCUCUAUCAGAGUUAAAUUCCGCUGGAUGCGUAAACUAUAACUUUGAUGCGAAGCCCAAUUCAGUGGGUCGUCCUGUUAGUGGUAUCAAGGUAAAAAUCAUCAACGAACACGGCGAGGCUCAAGGUCCCGAUAACGUAGGGGAAAUCUGCUUUAAAAAUAAUCAAAAAUGGUCUGGCUACUAUAGAAAUCCUGAGGAAAGUAAGAUAAUUCAGGACUCCGAUAACUGGUUUCACUCUGGAGACCUAGGCUACAUGGAUGAGGACGGAUAUUUAUUUGUUAUCGAUCGUUUGAAGGAUAUGCUGAAGUACCAGAACAUAAUGUAUUACCCGAGUGAGAUUGAAAAGGUCAUCACUGAAAUGCCGAAUGUAGUGGAAGCUGUUGUUUUUGGCAUUUGGAACCCAGAGGUUGGCGAAGAGGCAGCAGCCUCAGUGGUCAGGAAACCUGGCACACAAUUAGAAGCCCAGGAUGUUGUAGACUUCGUAAAGAAACGUCUAACCAGCAAAUACAAACAGCUAAAUGGAGGAGUUUUAAUUGUGGAUCACAUCACUGAAAGUAAAGAUAGAAAAAUAAACAGAUCUGCAGCCAAAGAGCACUUCUUAAACAAUUUUAACAAUAAUUAGAAUGUGAGAGCAAACUAGUGUGUAUCUAAAGCAGGAACAGUUCUGCAAAUAAUAAACUAAUAUUUAUUACCUA